GGCUCUCACGGGUCGCGGUCGCCGGCGCGUCUACUCGCGGUGGCCCAGCGCCACGGCCAUGUACCGGCGCCGCGCAGCACUGGUGGGGACGCGGCUUGUCCGGAGCGGGAGCAGGUCGGCGGACCGGCUCGAGGGGGCAGCGGGCGUUUCGGCCUCUGGGAUGGGGACCAGCACAUCGUCACCUUUGGGGAACACAGCAACUACUCCCAUGAAUCAGAUCCAAGAAACCAUUUCUAAUAAUUGCGUGGUGAUUUUCUCCAAAACUUCUUGUUCUUACUGUACGAUGGCAAAAAAACUUUUCCACGACAUGAAUGUAAACUAUAAAGUGGUGGAAUUGGACAUGCUUGAACACGGAAGCCAGUUUCAAGACGCUCUUCACAAAAUGACCGGUGAAAGGACUGUGCCAAGAAUAUUUGUCAAUGGAACUUUUAUUGGCGGUGCAACUGACACUCACAGGCUUCACAAAGAAGGGAAAUUGCUUCCACUAGUUCACCAGUGUUAUCUAAAAAAAAAGCAACGGCAGGAUGGACAUGUCCAGCAAACGUCUCGUUAUCAGUGAAUACUAUGAAGACGUCGGCAGCUGUAUUUGUGUUUUGAGCCCAGAUCAUUGGAAGAGAGCAAUCAGUUCCACCUGCUGGGAUCUAACUCGGAAAAAAAACAUGGAUAAGAAUACAAGAAAAUGCCCUCAUUUCCGUACUGACAUGUCUGAAAUAAUUAAAUACUUAAAAAUACUAUUUUAUAGGUUAUUUUGUUUAGACCCAAUAUAUAGGCUUUCCCAAAGCUUGUAAAUAUAUUUCUGAUUUUGUGUUCAUGAGAAAGUUGUGAUGAAACAAUUUGUUCUCACAAAUUUAUUAAUAUCAGGAAUAACAUCAAUAAAUUUUUAUAUAAUACAUGUUAAAUAAACUUAAUAAAACAGUUUCUUACCUGGCUCAUAGCCAUUAAAACCUGUUGUAAGGUCAUAUCUGUAGUCACUGGGCAUGGUACCAUUUCAUCUGAAAAAGCAACUAUAUAAGAAUCUUUUUCUGUUCGUGUGACAACCUGAAAAAUUCAAUGGUAGUAAUUUUCAGUAGAUUUGGGGGAAACAAAUACAGUAUCUUUAAGUUCAUCUUUAAAAGAAAAUACCCUAUGAUGCUUACUUUUAUUUCUAAACUUAUAUUACUGUGUUUGGAAACUACACAGUAACAGUGGUAUAACUUUCAAAGUACUUUCACAAACUCUUAUAAAGAAACUGGUUUUCACAACAAUCCUUUGAAGCAAAUAGAGUAUACAUUAUUCUUCUCAUUUUAUUAAAUAAGGAAUAAACCUAUGGAAGAGAAGCUAAGAAGCUCGCCUAUGGUUCAUUUACUUGUUAUUCAGCGACAGAGUCAGGCUAGGACAAGUCUCCUGACUGUUAUUAUUAGUUCCUGAUCUUUUAAUGUCUAUAUUCAUUAAUAGUUUCUCUAAGCAUUAUCUAUUUCCUUAAAAAUACUGGUAAUAUUUAAUCUGUUGUUGUAAAAUUAAAAUUUCUACUCUGACUUUUCU